GGUAUUAAUGCCUACGAUCGAGGAAGAUUACUUUUAUCCUCAAAAUGCCUGUGAGGAUUGUGCGCUUGUCAGUUCGCGUAUGCUCAACCUGUGUUAAGGCAAAGACCGAAUACGCAUCCAACCUAUACAUUUCGUUUACUACCGAAAACGCGCGGUAAUGGGCACAGUUCCGUAACACGUGACCCCCCUCAAAAAUACCCUCUCGAGUGGCUGGAGUUGGAUGGCAUUUUAUUGGGUAUCGGCUCUUCGGAGCGAGUCAACGUGUCUUGAAGUGAUGCUGCAGCCGCCUUGGGGGAAGAGGCAGCGUUUAUCUACCGGGGGAGGAAAGCGCCUAGAUUUCGGCGAAGAGGAAGGGACGGGAACUUGGUCGUCACGGGGGCUUGACUGGAGGCGAUUCGGCCGGUCAACACUGUACACUUGCCGAGCGUGUCAGUCGAGCGUAAUAAUUGGCACGUGUAUCCCAGGGCUUUCUAAUAAGAUGUUCAAUCUGUGAAUGCGUCGGCUGGUAUUGUGUACUGCACGCAUUGUGCCGGCCAACAUCAUUCUUAUCGGCAGCGGCAACGAGACUGCAUGGCAGCAGAGAAAGUGUCGAUAAGCGGUAAAUGCAAACCGGGCGCUGAGCUUCAAAGUACAACGAGCGAGACACAGAAAGGCACAUUCUUUUCCACGGAGUACGGCAAAGCGGGCUGCAAGCCUCGUAGGCACCAGCUGGGUGUUUUUCACUGCAGCCCGGCGACUUCGUCUCUGACCUGGGGAUCGUCGAGCGCUGGACACGUACCCUUCCCUUCCCUGGACCUCCGAGGACCCCCUCCGAGGACCCAACAACAAUCCUCAAACAUGAAACACUUAUGGAGCUACGCAGUUUUCUUGGGAUGUCUAAUCCAAGUGUCUGCGGCAGACCAAAAUGUUUCCAGCCUCAUUCGUGACAUGUUUUCCGACUACAAUCGCUUGGUACGCCCCGUAAAGAACUCAUCAGACCCCAUCAUUGUCGACUUCUAUUUCUACUUUGCUCACGUCUUGGAUAUGAAUGAACGAGAGCAGACGCUGAGUAGUUCGAUUUGGCUGACGUUGUUCUGGCAAGAUGAUUAUAUGACGUGGGACCCUGACGAUUACGGCGGAGUGUACAUGUUCAAGGUCCCCUCCAAGGAAGUAUGGCUCCCAGAUAUCUACUUCUACCAAAACGCGGAGCUACAAACUAAAAACUUCCUCCAGGGGUCGAUGGUGAAGGUCUUCAGCGAAGGGAAGAUCAUGUGGGGUGCCCCGGUCAACUUCAAGGGGUACUGCCUGCUGGAUGUCCGGUACUUCCCCUUCGACCACCAGGUCUGCGAGAUGAAGUUCGGUCCCUGGCAGCAUAACGGCAAGGAAAUCAUCAUGAUGGGCAAAGGCGAUAAGUCCGUCUUCAACAGCAACGGUGAAUGGGACAUGACGGGCAUCAAUACAUCUAACAAUGUCGAGUACUACCCGGACGACCCGGGCAUCCCCUUCACCGACUGUAAGUUCACGAUCAUGUUCACUCGCCGCUCCGAGUUCUACGUCUUUAACCUGAUGAUGCCCUCCUGUCUGAUCUGCCUCAUGGCGGCGCUGGCCUUCCUUCUCCCGCCCACCUCCCAGGGCAAGGUCAACCUAGGCGUCACCUUCCUGCUCUCCAUGACCGUGUUCCUCAUGAUUGUGGCGGAGUCCAUCCCACCCACCAACCAGGUCCCCGUCAUCGGUCAGUAUUUCGCCGCCACCAUGAUGCUGGUAUCCCUGUCGCUUGUUCUCAACGUCUGCGUGGUAGCCAUCUUCAGCCACGCCACUACCGGCGAGCCCGUCCCCGAGUGCAUCCGCACCUGCGUCCUGGGCGUCUUGUCAGCCGUGGUCCGCCUGUCCUCCGAAGAGAUCCGCGAGAUUCGGCGGCAGAAGUUCAAGCGGAGUGGCCACAAGCACCGGGUACUGACCGGGCCGUCGUUCAGCGGCCGGACCAAGUUCACCUCGGUGCCCAUGAAGGAGGAGGUGAGGAGCCACGGGGUCAACUACUACAUGGACUACGUGCCCAACUCUCACAUGUCCAACAACAACGACAAGUCCAAGAGGCACAGCGAGCAAUUCGAGGCGCUAACGCGCGAACUCAAGCGGAUGAACGAGACGCUGACUGGCAUGAAGCUAGGCGACAAGAAGUUCAGCACAGACCAGAGACGUAACUACCGGGAAUGGGUGCUAGUCUCCCGGGUGCUGGACAGAACCUUCCUGGUGCUGUAUCUCAUCGGGAAUGUCAUGUCUGUGUUACUGCUUGUCUUACCUGUAAUGAUUAUUAAGCCAGAUGUACCAACAGAUCAAAGCGAAGAUGUUUGAUUCCCACGUGCUUCACGCCAAUACCCUGCUGGUGUCCACUUGUUUUGCGACCACCCAAGUGAUUUGUCGGUCAGCUGAAGCCACUGUUAUGGGCAAAUAUAAUUAUCUUCAGUUUUCCUCAAGCUUACAGUGGGCGGACAUUACUUUCGAGAUGUCAGGAAUCGGAUCCCGUAGCCGAGCACGCAAUGGCCGUUUAGGCUUAUAAUCAAUGAAUGCAGAUAUCUCGCCCAUUUGAUGUGACACUAAAUCGUCAGUGCUUGGUAACGUGAGCAGUUAGCGAUUGUCCAACUCGAAUUUCAAGAAUAUCAGUGACGCAAAGAUAGCCGAAGAUAUUUGUUCGCAUUUAGCGAUUUAUUAUUCAAUAAUUCAGGAACAACAGUCUGUCUACCAUUAUGAGUCCUUUAAUAUGAAAACGACUUUAAGUAAAAAUGAUCACGGUUCUUCCUUUAAAGGUUUGAACGCAUGCAGUGGGGGUAGGUAGGAUUUUAUCAGGAGGGGGGUACAAAGGAACCACCAACAUCUUUUUUCUUGGGGGGGGCACCAGCUUUCCGUGUUUUGGGGGGUUUAUGUUAGCCUUGUUCAAUAUCUAUUUAUCUGUUUUUUCAGUGGUGGGGGGCACCUUGGGGCACCGGGACUUUGUGGGGCCCGGUGCCCCCAGCCCCCCCCCGGCUACGCCACUGAGCGCAUUUGGAAAGGACGCCAUAAAGUCUGAUAAUAAAGUAAGUCAUGCCAAAUAUACUCGAAUAAGAGAAUGGUGUAAACAGUCGUCAGUGAAUGACGAUCGCUCCUGGAUCCGACACAGCGGAUGACUGUUGUGUUCCUCAGAAACACUGAGAAAAAUACGUCACUUGGCUCGUCCUGUCCAUACAAUACUGCGGAGAUACCGUUCAGUCAGGAUACAACAGAUAGUUUCAAUCUCAAUUCCAAAUUUUUAGUGCAGAUUUGAUUAAUUUGCCAGGUUAGCAAGACGAACGUUCUUGGGCAUUGGCUUUCUGUUUCCAGGCCCAUAAAGAAGGCAUUUGUGUUAAUUGUGUGAAUAAGCUUGUUUAAGAUUACACAUCUGGGAUCGAUAUAAUUUUAUUACCUUAUCGGCGGCAUAUCCUGCUAUUACACGAUGGUAGGAAAUAUUCUCAAGGCGUAUCAUUCCCAGAAACGUUUACGCACAGCGUAACCAGCCAAUUCAUAACUGGCUUCUGCUUCAUGACAUUAAUGAAAGCAAGUAAUGCAAUGCCUGUUGCUAUGUGCUCACUUUCAUUUCUUUUUGUGCGCAGGUACAACCCUCCUACUUGUUGAUCCAAACAAGCUGAUAAGGCUCUGCUAUCAAAUUCCUGCUCAACUUGUUUUCCCUUACUUUUAAGUGCGCUCAUAAAUAGGUCUGACGAUCACUUCGAACAAACAAACAAACUAGGCUGGACCACAACUGAUCGAUCUAAGACGACCUGACUGGCGGUACGGUCGAAGUGCUUCCAGCAAACUUCACGCCAAUAAAUUCCCCACAAUUAGGGGGGAUCGAAUAAUCGGAUUGGAUUUUAUAGUGGUGGCAACUUACAGCUGCGUGCAGGAUACCAAUGACUACUCGGCAGGGAAAGGUUCUUUCUGAGCCAUCUUGUGUGCGUGAGUGCAACAUUUGCGCAUGCUCAACGCCAGUGUGUAUGAUGACAAAAUAUACGACGAUUUCCGAUCGUUCGUUCGUGCUGACGGCUGUGCCGAAGGCAGCUUAAUUACUUCCGGACUUUGACUUCGGACCGUCUCAAGAUUUUUUUUUAAUUUACAGGUUGCAAAAAUACUCUGCUGUAAAAGUUAAAGAAUAGCUAAAUAAUAAAGACUAUUGUCAAAUUAGUGUAACGACAAUAAGGUUUGGCAAACCGACAAGAAGCCUCUGGAGUCUACACAUUUGAAAAAGUCUUUAACUAAUGCCCAGUUGUUUCCA